GCAGUAGGCCUAAUCGACCCUCUCCCUUUACACCACUGACCGAUUUGGCUCUUCUAUUACUUUCUUCUAGCCCUUAAACAAAAUUUAAAAAGAAAAAGAAAAAAUGAAAGUGUUCAUUUUCGGAGUUUUCCUCGGUCUACUGGCCACCGUCUGGGCCGCUCCCACCGACAAGUUGGAUGAGGUGAAACCCAUCGCCAUCGUCCGUUCAAUCAGUGAGAACAACCCUGACGGCAGUUACUCGUACAGUUUCGAAGGCGAAGACGGAACCAAGGUCGACGAGAGCGGCAAUCAGAAACGAGUCGGACCCAAAGCCGAGGAUAUCGGCACCAUCUCAAGUGGAUCUUAUUCCUACCUCUCUCCCGAUGGCACUCCAAUCAGCGUCGUCUGGACUUCGAACGAGAACGGAUUCGUGGCCACCGGUGACCAUUUGCCAACUCCUCCGCCGAUGCCCCAACAUGUCGUCAAGAUGCUCGACGGCCACCUCGAAAAGUGAAUGUCGUUGGCGAAGCUCAACCAUACCAACACCCAGUCUUGAUAAUUGGCUUGUUACUAACACAAAUGUAUAGAUUUAAUUUUCGUUUUCACUAAUUUAGUGUUGGGUGAACGGUUGUAGAUGAAAGGUUUCGGCCAGCUUGGAAAAGAUUUCGCAAUUUUCGAUUGAUAAACUUGAACGAAGAGGUGCCGAUAGGUCCCUCUUGGUUACAACAUUUUC